GGAAGUGUUCACCGAGGUGCUCACUCGUUAGUUUAGUUAAGACUGAACUUCAUGUUCCAUAGUUCCGUGCGCUCCUGUUGGCCCUUCGCUACUACUUCCUCCUGUCUUGCGCAAGCUCACAUCGUUGUAGAAUGCGGAUUUCGAAGCUAACACGAAUAGCUAGCCAGUAAGCUAAAAACAAGGUUCUUGUCUUUAGGCUUUAAACUGGAAAAAUGUCUAAAACACACUCACAGCCGCCGUCAAGUUCGGCGGCGACGUCUACCGGGGGACCCUCUUCGUCCUCUUCGUCUUCGCCCGCAGGGGGCUCGACAUCUCCCGCUACCGUGUUGAAUAUACAGCCCGAGAAACCUCAACAUUACACAUACCUGAAGGAAUUCAGAACCGAGCAGUGCCCCCUGUUUGUGCAGCAUAAAUGUACACAGCACAGGCCUUUCUCCUGUUUUCACUGGCACUUUUUGAACCAGCGGCGCCGGAGGCCCAUUCGCAGACGGGACGGGAUGUUCAACUACAGCCCAGAUGUUUACUGCACCAAAUAUGAUGAGGGAACGGGGACCUGUCCUGAUGGAGACGAGUGUCCGUUUCUCCAUCGGACAGCAGGUGACACUGAGCGCAGGUAUCACCUCCGCUACUAUAAAACAGGAUCAUGUAUCCACGAAACUGAUGCAAAGGGCCACUGCAGUAAAAACGGCUCCCACUGUGCCUUUGCACACGGGUCACAUGACCUGCGCAGCCCUGUCUAUGACAUCAGGGAGGUGCAGGUGAUGGAGUCUCAGGGAGGCUCGGGGGCCUCGGAGGGAGGAGGAGGAGGGGGAGGAGACGGGCAGUCAGGACAGGCAGCGAGUACGGCCCUCAUAGAGAAGAUCCUGAGUGAGGAGCCGCGCUGGCAAGAUAACAACUACGUGCUGUCUCACUACAAGACGGAGCUCUGUAAGAAGCCGCCUCGUCUGUGUCGUCAGGGUUACGCCUGUCCAUAUUACCACAACAGCAAAGACAGGAGGCGGAGCCCGCACAAGCACAAAUACAGAGCGCUGCCGUGUCCAGCUGUGAAACAGAGCGAGGAGUGGGGAGACCCCAGUAAAUGUGAGGGAGCAGAGGGAUGUCAGUACUGUCACACCAGAACAGAGCAGCAGUUCCACCCAGAGAUCUAUAAGUCCACUAAGUGUAACGACAUGCAGCAGAGCGGCAGCUGUCCCAGAGGACCCUUCUGUGCCUUCGCUCAUGUAGAAAAGUCCUUUGUUCCUGAAGAACCAUCAUUCCCCACCCCCAGCUCUCCUCCGCCUCCCAGACCUCCAGACCCAAUUCCUGCCCAGGAGGCCUCUUCAAGUCCCAGUGGACACAACAUGGGGUCAAGACCUGGUUCUGUGUCAGACCCCUUCUCCCCGUCUGCAGGGCCAUGUGUUGCGGAGCAGGGGCUGCUGGGUAGCGUUCUGUCCCUGUGUGAGGACGUGGGCGGAGGGUCUGGGCCUCUGUCUCCGUGGGCGGGGGAAGGAGGGUAUGGCAGGGCUCCUGGAUUUGAGAGGGAGGAUCAGGCCAAGCAGAGGAGUUUUGCUCUGGAGCAGCGAAACAGAGAACUGGCCUCAGCACAAAGUAAACAGGACCUGCUGGUGUUCCUGCCGGUGGGCAGUCCUCUGAGUCUGUCCUCCAGCAUCCCCUCCAGUCUGGCUGCCACCCCGCCAAGCCCCGCCCCUCUCGGAACCCUGGGGUCCAGCAUUUCCUCAGGCAUGAACGCUAACGCCCUGCCCUUCUACCCCACCAGUGAGACCGUGGAGUCAGUUGUUGAGUCGGCUCUGGAUGAUCUCGACCUCAAUGACUUUGGUGUGUCUGCGCUGGAGAGGAGGCUGGAGAGCAGCUCUACUGUGGGAGUGAUGCUGGGAGGCAGCCAGCUCCAGAGUUCUGCUCCAGUCAACAUCCCAGGCUCUUUCAGCAGCUCUGCUCCCUUCAGCUCCCCGUCACCGUCUCCUCCAAUCAGGCCGCACGCGUCACCUUUCUUCUCUCACCUCUCCCAGCCCGGCCAAUCAGAGGGCUCCUUCUUAGGGCCGUCUCAUGGCUCUUUAGGUCUGAACGGUAUGAACACUAACAUCUGGGAGCACUUUCCCUCCGCCCAGGGCUCCCCCGGCACGCCCCCCACCCUGCUGCCGUCUGGCCCCUGUGCAGAGACUGGCAGGCUCAAACAGGAGCUGGAGGAGGCCCACAGGGCCCUGAAGCAGUGGGGCCACAGCUGGAGACACACAGCUCAGUCCUGGGCUGCAGUGAAGGCUGACGCCGAGGAGUCUCGUGCCCACGCAGCUCGAUUAACCAUGGAGGCAGAGAGAGCGAGGCAGGCCGAGGAGGAGGCUCAGAGGCAGGCCGCUCUCCUGCAGGAGGCGCUGGAGAGCUUGAGGAGCGGAGACAACCCCCAUCUAGCGCUGCACCAACUCCAGCUCCUGCACAGACUGCCCCUGGAGUCGGUCCUCAGUCUGCAAGCUCAGCUCUGCAGCUGCCUCCACGCUGUAGAACAGGUGGUGUACAGGAAGCAGAGACAGUGCUGCGUGACGUGUGGAGAGCCCGGCUCGGUGUCUCUGCCCUGUGGUCAUGGACUACAGUGCGAGACCUGCUCCAGCUCUACCGAGUGCCCCCUCUGCCCUGAACAGACCCUGGAUCAGCAGCUCUCUUGACCUCACGGCCCAGUGGG